AUGUCGCAUACACAGUCACAACGAUACCUUAGUACGAGAGGUUCUUCCUAUGGCCUCUCGUUUGAGGAAGUCGUCCUCAAGGGUCUUGCCUCUGAUGGUGGCCUUUUCAUCCCCGAACAAAUCCCAGAGCUACCUGCUGGAUGGGAAACAGAAUGGCGCGAUCUGAGCUUCGAGGAUCUCGCCUUUAAGAUCUUUUCACUCUACAUCUCCACCAGCGAAAUCCCCUCAGACGACCUGAAGGACAUUAUUCGUCGCUCAUAUUCCACAUUCCGACAUGAACAGCGUACCCCGCUCGUCGAACUCAGCAAGGAUAAAAAACUUCACCUCCUCGAACUUUUCCACGGCCCGACAUUCGCCUUCAAGGAUGUCGCUUUACAAUUUUUGGGCAAUAUGUUUGAGUACUUCCUCGUACGGAAGAACAAUGGCAAGGAAGGUAAAGACCGUCAUCACCUUACGGUCAUAGGCGCAACAAGCGGAGAUACCGGCUCUGCAGCUAUUUAUGGUUUGCGAGGCAAGAAGGAUGUUUCGGUCUUCAUCUUGUUCCCCAAGGGCAAGGUUUCCCCCAUCCAGCAAGCUCAGAUGACUACCGUUUUGGACGCGAAUGUGCAUAACUUGACUGUCGAGGGAACCUUUGACGAUUGCCAGGACAUCGUCAAGUCCUUGUUCGCCGAUGCCGAUCUCAACUCGACGCAUAACGUUGCUGCCAUCAACUCCAUCAACUGGUGCCGUAUCUUGGCACAGAUCUCAUAUUACUUUUACUCAUACUUCCAGUUGACGAAACAAGUCGGUUCAGCAUCCGUCCGCUUCGUUGUUCCGUCUGGCAACUUUGGCGAUAUCCUUGCUGGUUGGUUCGCUAAGAGAAUGGGUCUACCCGCCGAGAAACUCGUCAUUGCUACAAAUGAGAAUGAUAUCCUCGACCGCUUCUUCAAGAGCGGUGGCCACUACACCAAGAAACCUAUCCAUGGCAAGGCUGCUGAAGGCGGACUUGUCCAAGACGGCGUCAAAGCCCAUGAAGAAGGUGUCAAGGAAACUUACAGCCCCGCAAUGGACAUUCUCGUCAGCAGCAACUUUGAGCGAUUACUAUGGUUCUUAACCUUCGACGCCGAAACCGGGUCCAUUGACGAACGACGCCAAAACGCUAGCAAGCGCAUCGCCAGCUGGUUGAGCGAGCUCAAAUCCCAAGGCGGAUUCAGCGUCAGCGAAGCCGUUCUUGAAGGCGCCAAGAAGGAAUUCGAGAGUGAGCGUGUUAGCGACGAAGAGACUCUCGAAGUUAUUCGCAAUAUAUAUACCUCUUCUUUCCCCGCUAACCUCGGUCCUGGAAGUGCCCACAGCUCCAAGACCGGAGGCUAUAUCCUCGACCCACACUCCGCCGUUGGCGUGGGCGCAUCUCUUCGAUCUAUCCAGCGCAGUCCUAACGCACAUCACAUUUCCCUAGCGACUGCCCACCCCGCCAAAUUCGGUAAUGCAGUUGAUCUCGCUCUUCACGGUCAAGAAGGUUACGAUUUUAGCGAAGUACUACCACAGGAGUUUGUGGGUCUUGAGCAAAAGGAGAGCCGUGUGACCCCCGUUGGCGCUGGAUUGGGAUGGCAAGGUGUGCGCGAGAUUGUGAAGUCGGAAGUCGAGCAGGAGCUUCAGGGGCUCCGGUGA